GAUCAUGAGAACCAACAUUGUACAGCCAAUAUCUACAAUACAAUGUUCCGCAAAUCAUGUUACCAAUUGCAAGGGUUAUGAGCUUUGCCCACGGACAGUGGUGAUGGCCAACUGGUAUGCAGUACACAAUGACCCCACACACUGGACCAAGCCUGAAGUGUUUAACCCAGAGAGAUUCCUAGAUAAGAACAAUUGUUUAAAUAAGGAUGUGCAUUUUACUCCUUUCUCAAUGGGAAAACGAAAAUGUGCAGGAAUUCAACUGAGUCAAAUUGAACUUUUUCUUAUGUUUGCAACAUUGCUGCAGCAGUUUGAGAUAACUCCAGAAGAGGACACUGGAUUACCAUCACUAGAGCCCCUUCUUGGAUCAGCAGCCCAGGAACCCCAGCCUCAUAAAGCUCGGUUCAUAUAACAGGCGUUAACUCUUAAUUCUCAUUUAUAACUUCAAGUGUAAUGAUUUGUGACACAAAAAUUUUCAAUGGGUCCUGUCAUCUAAUAUCACAAAGGA